AUGGUACAUAAUGAGAGAUAUUCAGCUUUAAUUAGUUUACUAUACAAAAAGAAAAAAGAACAGCUACACAUGUUUGAUUUUGUAGAAUGUGCAUACUCUUUAGAUAAUAUAGAAGCAUUGGAUUUUAGUAAAAGUAGCAACAAUACAACAACAGCACCGGAUCCUACAACAUUCAGUUUACAAAAUAGUAAUAGUAACUAUAAUUUAAAUAGUAUUAGUGAAUAUAGCAAUCUAAAUAAUUAUAGUAUCAGUUUAGCCCGAAGCGCAAGUUGUAAUAGUAAUGAUAGCAAUGGAAGUAGCGUUAGUAGCAGUAGUAGCGGUUGCAACAAUAAAAACAGUAAUAGCUUUUUAAUUAAUAAUGGUAAUAUAACACUUCCACCACCACCAUCAUCAUAUAGAAAUUUAAUAAAGAGGAAUUAA